CUGCUGAUUCCUGCAAACAGAAGCCAUAGGAGCACACAACGGAAAAGGGGAAAUCUUAAACUCUGCAAAUUUUCUGGCAAGCAAUCUUUGUUAUGUUCUUCGGCUGAAACAAAUUCAUAUUUGAAAUAGUUUAGAGUGCCCAAUUCGAUUCAAAAAGCCAUGGAAGUCACUGCUAUCACAUCUCCAAGAGGGCAAUCUCCAAGAGGUCGAAUUUCCCCCGAGUUAAUACCCACAUGCUUAUCUCCACGAAAAUCUCUGCACAGGCCCUCCAGUGGCCUCAAUUUUGGCCAGAUGAAAUACCCAUUAUUGCAUUCUAUUAGGUCUCCCUUAAGUCCGUCUGCUAGAGGAACUUCGGGCUUUGUGGAGCAGCAGACAUCGCAAAGCUUUUAUGAUUUGCUUGGUAUCUCUGACGAUGUGGGGUUGGAUGAUAUCAAGCAGGCCUACAGGCAGCUGGCUCGAAAGUAUCAUCCUGAUGUGUGCCCUCCUGAGCAAGCUGAGGAGUAUACCAGAAGGUUUAUUGAAGUGCAAGAGGCUUAUGAGACUCUGUCUGAUCCUAGGAGGAAGAAUUUGUAUGACAGUCAUCUUGCAAUGGGGUUUGUCUCUGGCGCUUCCGGGAACAAGCGCUGGGACUACCCUCAGGAGGAAUUAAUGAAAGAAGAGUGGAAAUCAAGGUGGGAAGCUCAGCUCUCAAAUCUUAAAUGGAGAGGUGAUUUAAAUGAUGGGAGUCAAUCAAUGUCGUGGGGUGCCAGGAUGCGCCAAAAGAGGCAUUCUUCUAACUAGAUAAUACUCAAAUUUCUCUAACAAAAGCCCAUUUCAUGGACCGCAAAAGAGGAGCUUCAUAAACUCGAAAAGUUGCAUCAGCUCGAAACUUUCUUCCCUGUUACUGAUCUGCAUUCAACUUCUUAUAGUAGUAUUUCGCAAGCUUGUGAUAUUGAAUUGAAGAUACAUUUUCAAAAGUAAGCUACAAUGAGUUAUUGUAAAUAUAAUAUUGAAGCUUAUUUUGUAGAUGUUUCCUUAGUAGUGAAGAGAUGUCAAAGUGAAGCAGUGACUCUUAUAUUAUAUAAUUUUCUUAAUGGAAAAAAAUAUUGGAGUAAAACAAUGGAGAUAUGUUUCAGCAUGUCCAUUUUUAUUAUACUUAACUUAUUUCAUUUUAA